UUUCAUUUGGUGACUUCCGUCAUAAUAAUCCAUCCAACAUCAACGUCGUCUUCGUCUUCCUCCCGUUUCUUGGAGGAUAACAGAUUCCACACCGUGUGCGAAACGGGAGAGAUCGCCAUCUAGAUCCCAUUCCAUUUCUCCGAUUUAUCUUCAAUUUUCUAUCCGCUGUGUAACAUGUGGAAACCUGAUUUCAUAUUCUUACACCAUUGAUCGGUUGUUGUAACAUAUUUAUAAUAAGUAUAUACACACAUAUAGUUGUUAAAUAUUGAAAGAAAAAUGGCAAGGAGCAGAUCCUCAUCGUCGAUCCGAUGGAGGUACGUCAAUCCGGCAUAUUACUUGAAACGCCCCAAACGUCUUGCUCUACUUUUCAUGGCUUUCGUCUUCGUCUCAUUCUUCGUAUGGGAUCGUCAGACUCUUGUUCGGGAACAUGAGGAAGAGCUCUCAAAGCUGAAAGAAGAGAUGGAACGUUUGCAAAAUGAGCUAGGAGAGUUAACGCAAGAAGGUGGUGUUUCAGUUAAAAAGAUGAAUACUACAACCAAAAGAACUGAUCUAACCAAAAUGGACAGUUAUGUCCCUGAUCCAAUUGAGACUCAACGAAGAGAAAAAGUCAAAGAUGCUAUGGUUCAUGCAUGGACCUCAUAUGAAAAAUAUGCUUGGGGCCAUGAUGAACUUCAGCCCCAAUCAAAGAAUGGUGUGGAUAGCUUUGGUGGUCUUGGUGCAACUUUAAUAGACUCUCUUGAUACCUUAUAUAUAAUGGGCCUAGAUGAUGAGUUUCAAAGGGCUAAAGAGUGGGUUGCAAACACUUUGGACUUCAAUAAGAAUUAUGAUGCCAGUGUGUUUGAGACGACCAUAAGGGUUGUAGGUGGGCUUUUGAGUGCUUAUGAUUUAUCCGGAGACAAUGUCUUUCUUGAAAAGGCAAAAGACAUAGCUGAUAGGUUACUUCCAGCAUGGAAUACUCCUUCUGGUAUCCCUUACAACAUUAUUAACCUGGCUCAUGGUAAUGCACAUAACCCUGGUUGGACUGGGGGUGAUAGUAUCCUGGCAGAUUCUGGGACAGAGCAACUGGAGUUUAUUGCAUUAUCUCAAAGAACUGGAGAUCCAAAGUAUCAACAAAAGGUAGAAAAUGUUAUUCUAGAGCUUAACAAGACUUUUCCUGCUGAUGGAUUACUCCCCAUUUAUAUAAAUCCCCACAGAGGAACAGCAUCUCAUUCCACCAUUACUUUUGGGGCCAUGGGGGACAGUUUCUAUGAGUAUUUACUUAAAGUUUGGAUACAAGGAAACAAAACAGCAGAGGUGAAGCAUUAUAGGGAAAUGUGGGAGACAUCAAUGAAAGGUCUAUUGAGCUUGGUUCGAAGAACUGCACCUUCAUCUUUUACAUACAUUUCUGAGAAGAUAGGGAAUUCUUUGAUUGAUAAGAUGGAUGAGUUAGCAUGCUUUGCACCAGGAAUGAUAGCCUUAGGUUCAUCUGGUUAUGGUCCUGCUGAUUCCACAAAAUUCUUAAAUUUGGCAGAAGAGCUUGCGUGGACAUGCUAUAACUUUUAUCAGUCGACACCAACAAAGUUGGCAGGAGAAAAUUAUUUCUUUCAUUCAGGGCAGGACAUGAGUGUGGGCACAUCUUGGAACAUAUUAAGACCAGAAACAGUUGAAUCGCUUUUUUAUUUGUGGCGUUUAACUGGUAACAAGACUUAUCAAGAUUGGGGGUGGAAUAUAUUUCAAGCUUUUGAAAAGAACUCCCGUGUGGAGGCCGGAUAUGUUGGACUUAAGGAUGUAAAUACAGGUGUGAAAGACAAUAUGAUGCAAAGCUUCUUUCUUGCAGAAACAUUGAAAUAUCUGUAUCUUUUAUUCUCACCCCCAUCAGUUAUAUCUUUGGAUGAGUGGGUAUUCAACACAGAAGCCCAUCCUUUAAAAAUUGUACCUCGUCUUGGAUUAGGGUUAGGGUUAGGUUCCAAACAACAUAAACAACCACCUACCACCACUACCAGACUACGUGCUAGGAGAGAAGGUCGUUUUGGUGGAACUUAGGACUUAGGACUACUAUCGUUAAUUAAAGCCUUGUGAGAAAGACCCACUUCUGCCUUUUUAUGGAAAUUUUGGGUGGCAGGCAGAGGAUUAGAAGCCCAAUAGCCUAAGGAUUCAUUAGGCUAUUGGGCCCUCUCAUUGGCCAUGCCAAAUAAAGGAAACAUUUACAUGUGGGGAGUUAGGAUCAGAUGAUUGUACUUGUUUUAUAAUUCUAUUCUUAAUAGACGUAAUAGUCUAGUAGUUAGUCCGUUUACACUUUAGAGACCGAUAAUUGUACUAGUGGUUUUUGUUUAAUUUUAUGUUAAACUAUAGACUAGCAGCACCAAAUCAUCUCAACGGAUUUUAUUUUUAUUUAUCUAUACCACUCUCGUUAUUUUUGUU